AUGCCCUCGCCGCCGCCCGCCCUGCCCUGGCUCCUGGCCGCCUGCUGCCUCUGCGCCCUGCCGCGGGGCUCAGGGUUCCCGCAGCCUUUCUCGCGCUACCGGGACGGUGUGGAGCUGCCCCCAAACCAGCAACUGGCACUCUGUUUCAGUCAGUGGAUGGAAAUGUCUGAUCAACCCCAGAUCUCGAGCACUGUUUUGGAUCUUUGUUAUUCCAUAUUCAACAGCAUGCAUAAAAAUGAGGAAUCACAGAUUGCUUCUGCAAAGUUUACAAAGAAGGACAGUCAUGGAACUCUGGGGCGGCCUUUCUUCCUUUUCAGGCCUCGAAAUGGAAGAACUAUUGAAGGCAGUGAAUAUCGUGGAAUGUGACGUUCAUGGAUUCAUU